CAAUUCUUGCUGGUCGUUAUAAAGUGAUUGCAAAAGUUGGAGAGGGACAGUCUUCAGUGCUGGUUAAAGCUGAGGUGACAAUAAUUUCUUUAUAUUUUCAUUUUCGUCCCUCGUCACUCCCUUUUUUGUUUGUUCGUUCAAGUUUUUUUGUUUGUUACUUCAUAUGGCUGUUAUCAUCAGGGGUAGAAAAAAUAGGAGAGCAUGUGAGCACUGCUCGCAGGAAAUGUUAAACAGCUGCAGGAAAUUUGUUUGAAUGAAGAUUUGCUAUUGAAAAUUUGAAGGAAACCUUAACAUCCACGUCCCGGGCCACUAUGGGCGCAACAACAUAUGGUUGACAGACAUUAUUCCUUGAAUGUAAAACCAUAUUUGGCUGGAACACUAUAUAUUUAUGCACAUGCAGAUUUAGCACAAAAAUACUCCAUUGGUCUGUAGGGAAUUUUUGUCUCCAGGUUGUGCUCCCAGGAAGAAAAUGAUUUUUUCCUGCUCUGGAUAUCAUAGGCAGACUCAUAAUUUUGUUAUGUCAAGUAUUUUUUUUUUUAAUAAUUUCUUAGGACAUAUUUCAUCCAAACGAGAGGCAUGUGGCAAUAAAAAUUCUCCAUGCAAGCUACUGCAAUUUAGGCCCACAGGUACUGUGACAUUGAUAAAAGCAUUGUUUGCAAGCUUUUAAAAUGUGUUACUCGAUACUUCUUCUUUUUCUACUUUGUGUAGGAAGCAAGUUGUUUGCUUCAUCUGAGGAAAGCUGACACGCUGAAAGUGGCAAAUAUUGCCCAUAUUCUGGUAGAAUUUUGCUCGUUUUGCAUUUUCAAAUAAAUUCCAUUGGAAAUCAUAGGAUAUUAAAAUUUGUUAUUCGUAUAGCUAGGUUACAAAUGCUGUUUGGAAAAAAGUUGGUGCAUUUCAGAUUAAUUUUUGAUAAUGAAAAUAAUUUUUUUUUUCUGUUAGAACACAUUCACAGUUGGUGAGCAUUUCUGCAUUGUCUUUGAAUUCCUUUUGCCACUACCGCUUUACAAAUAUUUCCAGGUAAGUGUUGUAAUACAUUAUUUAGACUUUUAGUGCAUGUAAUUUAUUAUAGAAUAAUUCUACAGUAAUCUGAGUGAGAGAUUGAUUGUCACUAUAAUUAGCUUUCAAAUUUUUGUCAUUUAUAAUCCAUCAAUGACUUUUCUUUUUUAAUAGAUGUUUUCUUUUCCAAGCAAGGUAGAUUGUGAUGGUUUUUAUUGUGUGAUAACUGGGAUGUUUCUGGUGUUUUCGGCUAUCAUGUUGUAAAAUGUAAAUUAUAACAAUAUAUGCUGUUUUUAGGCGGAAAAGAUAAAUUUGAUACGAAGGAUUGGGUUCCAGGUGAAAAUAUUUUGAUUGUAACAUUCAUUACAAAUUAGACUGCGUAAAAACUGAAAAAGACAAACGACAAAAUUCGUAACAACGAAAUCUUUCUCUUUUCAAUAGGUUACACAAUCCUUGGCAGUGUUAUCAAGGUGAUUUAAACUAAAGGCUUUCCUAUCACAAAAAAUCUGAUUUUUUAUUUCCUUUGCCCAUUCCAUAUAUCUCCCAUAUUUCGUCAUAUUUCCUAACAUGUAUUGUACCAAUUAUGUUUAUAGUCUAAAUAUUAUCCAUUGUGACGUCAAACCAGAAAACAUUCUGUUUACCGACGGUAAAUAUACAUCAUAUUGUGUUACGAAACUUUCAACUGUGACACAGACUGAGUAUUAUAUAUACUAAAUGAUCUAGCGAAUAUUUUUAGGAGAUAAAAAAGAUGUAAAACUCAUUGACUUUGGAAAUGCUAUUUACUGCAUCCAUGAUGAGGUAAGAAGUAUACAUCAAAACAAAAGAUAUGGCCUUCAUAUGAGGCGUAGCGUUUAAGUCCAGAGUCCUGUACAGACAAACGAGUUUUCUUUGACAAGCAGGGGUGAAAAAUAUACGCGAGCAGUGCUCGCAGGAAAUGUUAAACAGCUGCAGGAAAUUUGUUUGAAUAAAGAUUUGCUGUUGAAAAUUUAAAGAAAUGUAUUUGUUUUCAGAUGUCGCUGUAUUUUGAAUCAUUUGAGUUACAAACAGUGUUCUACCGAGCGCCAGAGGUCAUGUUUGGUCUUUUGUUUGGCCCUCAGAUUGAUAUGUGGUCACUGGGCUGUGUCCUGGCCGAGGUAGAUGGAUUUCUAUAUUUCUUGCCGCCAUCUGGUGGGUAUUCCGAAUUUCCCCAAAAAGAUUAAAAAACACUUGAUUAAAACCUAUUCCGAUGAAAGCAUCGAAUAAGUGUUUGAUUCUUUUUAAGAUAGUUCAGACAUAAACCAUGGCAGGUUAAUAUUAUAGAGUAUGGUCUAUCUACAUUACACCCUACGUUUUAUUCAUACGAGAUAUCUUUUUCAGAUAGUUCAGACACAAACCACGACAGUUUAUUGCAUGUAGAAUACUACCUACACUGGACCACCAUACAUGUUUGUGAAUCUUCUUCAGGUAGUUCAGACACAAACCACGACAGUUUAUUGCAUGUAGAAUACUACCUACACUGGAGCAUCAUGCACGUUUGUGAUAUCUUCUUCAGGUAGUUCAGACACAAACCACGACAGUUUAUUGCAUGUAGAAAACUACCUACACUGGAGCACCAUGCACGUUUGUGAUAUCUUCUUCAGGUAGUUAAGACACAAACCACGGCAGUUUAUUGUAGAAUACUACCUACACUGGACCCCAAAGUUUGAGGCACAAACCACGGCAGAUUAUUAUUGUACGCCACUUACAUUGGACUGUCAUGUGAAAAUAAAAUUAGUUUCCUCGAUUCAUCCUAUCUUCCCAUAUAGGCCGUAAUAUUUAUGUGGGCAUGCGUUGUAUUGCAGUUUUAUCUUGGAGAACCACUGUUUCUUGCGAUGUCGAAAGAUGAAAUUCUGGAGAAAGUAUGCAUAACUCAUUCUGUAAAAUAUUUUCUACUGGUAACAACAUUGUCCAUGAUCGAUAUUGCGUUAAAGACGUUCAGAUUUGACUUCCACUAUCACAACCUUUCACAGGCUAAGCACGCAUUUGAUUGGUUAAUUGGGUAGAUUAAACGCAGCUGAUUGGUUAAUAGUAGCAGUAGUCAAAAUCUGAAACUCUCUAUAUCGACCUUUGCAGCUGUUGUAUGAUCUAUUAUAGAUGCAGGCAUUGCUUGGCCCAUUUCCAAUGUCUCCGUUUCAAACUGGAAAAUAUUUUUCAACUUUCAAGAAAUUUGUUGGCCGUGUCUCGCCAGUACCAGGUAUUUGUGGCAUAUGUCCAAAUUUGUGUGUACUUGAGUUUUUCACUCGUGACUGGUGCGUGUGAGUAAUUUAAAUACACGUAAAAACGCACAAGUUGUUACAGGUCUGCAAAUAAGUUGUUACACAUCUGUUCACAAGCUGUCGACAAGUUGUGUUCGCACUGCUUGUUCCCAGUUGUUGGAACAAGUUUGGAACAAGCUGUUAACAACUUGCAACAAGCUUGAUGGCAUUAUCAGACUUGUUACAAGAUUGUUCUAACAAGUCUGGUACCGUCAUGAUAUAACACGAAUGUUACAAGGUUGACGACACAAGGUUGUAACAAUACUGUUGUUACAGGGUAUAUCAUGACUGUAUCGGACUUGUUGGAACCGUGCAACAAGUCUGAUAAUAUCAACAAGGUUGUUACAAGUUAAAACAAAAAUAAAACAAAAGUUACAAGUUGUUAACAGCUUGUUCCAUACUUGUUGACAACUUGGGACAAGCAGUGCGAACACAACUUGAUGACGGCUUGUUGGCAGACUUGCUACAAGAUGCGAGAUUUUUGCGUGUGUAAUUGCCUUUUUCUACGUUUCCGUGAACUGAAACUAUGUGUUCGUAUAGGUUUCUCGAAAAAUGUUGUGAAUAUUAUGAAGAAAUUGGGAUCAACUGAUUAUGUCUUCGCUGACUUCUUGGCAAAACUGCUUACCUUCGAUCCCAGUAAGUGAAAUUAUGAACAAGAAGUAUAAAAAUAUUUCAAAGUUGUAAGUUAUAACUUUCUUUUCAAAUGUUCAAAAUUACAGAUUUACGCCUCUCUCCAAACGAAGCAUUGCGACACCCAUUUUUGGCGCCCGAGUGUACAGUGGGUUUCAUGUUACCACCUGGAUAUAUGACACAAGGUAUGUUGUCAACAAGUCACUGGCGUUAUUUAACAGGAGCUCAACUAACCUCUCAGGGCUCGAAAUAGCGGCCUGCCAAUGGCCAAAAGCAGUUCAUAUUUUAGAAGUGGCAGGAAAAACAAAUUUGAACUGCCAAAGUAAAAAAAAUGUCAGGUGAAAUUCUGUAGAUAUAUUUCAUUUCAUUUGUUUAGCACCACAACUCAUAUAUACUAGAUCAUUUAGUUGACUAAAUAAAUACGUUUAUAUAUUUGAAAUGUAAAUCCAAGUUUACUGUAGUAAAAUAGACCAGUUUAAAAACACUAAAAAUGCAUAUCAUAAAAGCAUUGAUUUUUACAAUAUGACUCAUAUGAGACAUCGCCAUUUUGGCAGUUCAAUGAAUAAAAAUGGCAGGCUGAAAUUUAUUUUUCCUGCCAAAAAAAUUUAGUCUGGCAGGCCAUAUUUUUUCCCUACUUCGAGCCCUGCUUCUCUAAACAUGUUGUUCACAUUUUCUAAACUUUAUCUUGUUUUUCUUUCCAGAAUCAACAUACUCCCCUAUUCUUCUCACUCCAGCCACGUAUCCACACCGGCCCAAAAUUGACGAGGACAUUAAGAAACUUCGUUAUUCCGAACUGGAUUUACUUCGCGUUGGCACACAAGCCAGCACGAUGAGCAAAGCAGAUAAUGUUAUGAAAGUUUUACCUUUUAAUUAUCAAGAGGAGUCCUCGAAUGAGAAUAAGGAAGAGAAAUGCAUAGUUAAAAAUGAGAGCAACGCCGAGGGAAGGGAAUCUAGAAACACGGCUGGAAAGAAUACGGCAGAAAGGUUUGGUAAUAAUGAAACGGCUGGUAUAUUUGGUGUUUCGAUCGAAAAUAAGAGUCACGAUGGAUGUCCAGUGGAUCGCAGAGAUAAUCCCUAUAAUGAAUCGUGCAGUGUGUUACACACGACUAAGGACACACGUGCCAUAUCCGUUAAAGAAGAUCAAACAUAUAAUGAUUAUGGCGAUUCUUGUAGUGUGGUAAACUUGGUCAAAGAUACAAAGUUGUUACAGGGCUCUGCGAUAAGAGGUCAUAAAGACAAAACGUUCGGCGUAAACACCACCAACGAAACAUGUUCUUCUGCACUUUUUUCCAAACACGAUGAGAGAGAUAAGCCUUUCGACCCUAACGAAUCGUGUAGUAUAUCAAACGCAAUCAAGGAUCCAAGCUCUUUCACAACUCCUAUGAAAGGAGGUCAGAGAGACGAUGCUUUUGACGAAACCUGUAUGGUGUUGAACACAGCCAAAGACAAAUGUUUGUCUACCCUGUUUGCUAAACAACACGAGAGAGAUAACCCUCUUAACGAGUCAUGUAGUGUAUUAAACACAAUCAAGAAUUCGCUUUCUUUAAUAGUGCACAAAGGAAGGGGGGAGAAUGAGAAACAUGGCCGAAAGUUUGUCCUACGUAGAUCAUCAAAGAAUCGUCGUCGAAGAGAUUCAGAAAGAGAAAGCAGGUCUACCGUUUCAAGAGAAGACAACAAAGACUUCAGAAAACCUUACAAUGCACAGAGUAUGUCACCAGCUAAACUUAGUGAUGCACAGGACAAGUCACCGGUUAAAUUUAUUAACGAUCACGAAGUGUUGUUGGUUAAUCUGUCUGAGCCAAGAGAUAUUACCAGAACAGCAAAUUCGUCUCCGGUUCGAAGGACCAGCGGUGGCAUGCCGAAAGGUAGUGCAGACAAAAAGUUAAAUGAGAGUAGCAGUAUUAUUCCCCACCACAAAGGUUCCUCAAGAAAACACAGCGAUAAAGAAUCAAAUUCUGCUGCCAUACCUCCGACUCGAAGGACCAGCAGGCAUGAUGAAAGAACGCCAGAAAACAUGCGAAGAACUGCUGCCAACAGAGUAGUCGAGGAUAGCGUAACUGCUACUCGCAAGGCUGCCUACAGAAGAUCAUCGAGCGAGACUAGCUAUAAAGAAAUAAAGUCUGCCACACCUCCGACUCGAAGGACCAACAAAUUUAAAUUUAAUGAAGAAAUAUCAGAAGACAUGCCAAAAACCGCUGCAAACAGAGUAGUUGAGGAUGACGUAACUGCUACUCGCAAGACUGCCUACAAAAGAUCAUCGAGCGAGACCAGCUAUAAAGAAACAGAUUUUGCCACACCACCGACUCGAACGACCAGCAAAUGUGAUGAUAGAAUACUUGAAGACAUUCAGAAAGGAGCAGCAAACAGAGUAAUUGAAGAUAAUGUAACUGCUACUCGCAAGACUGCCUACAAAAGAUCGUCGAGCGAGACCAGCUAUAAAGAAACAGAUUCUGCCACACCAUCGACUCGAAGAACCAGCAAGCUUGAUGAAGAAAUACUAGAAAACAUGCCAAAAAGCGCUACGGACCGAAAAGUGGACGGGAUUAAUAUAAUUGUUUCUCCCAAGGCUACGCACAAAAGCACUUCGAGCGAAACCAGCGAUGAAGAGACAUCUCCGGCUCGAUGGAGCAUAGGUCGACAAAAUAAAAGAGCAAAGUCAAGCGCAAUCGAGAUGAAAAGUCUGGGAAACUGUGCUGAGGAAAGCGGUGGCAAAUCCAGGAAUGAAACUUGUGUAUCCAAAACCAAAGAUAGACCCAACCCCUCUGCUGUUGGCAGAAGAAAAUGUAAGAAAUCACAGCAAGUUCUAUCAUCUGGAGUGAAAGAUGAUGCACAAACGAAACCAACAUUACCAACAAUAUCACACCAAACCAGAGACGAUGUCUCGACUACGUGCAAUAAUUAUCAAGAUCUCUUUUCUGUUACUUCAAGCAGUAAACAAGUGAAUGCGGACAGUUAUCGUAACGCGAAGAAACCUGUGUCAACUAAACUUUCAGUUUUAGAAUCGUUUUUUGAUACUUUAUCAGACGAUGAAACAAAUCUUGUUUCUUCGAGUACCAAUUCAGGAGAGUUACGGAUAAAAACAAAAGGUAUUUCCAAGAGAUCUGUGCCUACAAAUUCAAAAGUAUUAACUAAAAAUGAGAACAGUUCUUCUAGUGAGAAACUAACGCCUAUUAGUUCUAGUAUCAAACAAGAUAAGUUAUCGCAAAAGAGUUGUAGUAAUGGCAACAGACAUGAGCUCGAAAAACUAUCAAACUUCCAAGCAUUUUCGGAAGAUACGAGCAGCACGUCAAGUGAGGAAGUAAUGCUUAUUACAUCUAGCAAUACACAAGAUGAACUACCACCAAACAGUGGUAACAAUUGGAAAAGAAGUAAGUCCCCAAAAUCGUCAAUUUGGAAAUCAUUAUCUGAAGAUAAGAAUAGUUCUUCUGGGCUGGAAGUGACUCUUGUUACAUCCAGCAGUAAAGAAGGUAGAUUACAUGCGGCAAACAGCAGUAACAAUGGAAAUAGAACGAACUCUGCGAAGUCAUCAAACCUCCAAGUAUUUUCUGAAGAUAAGAACAGUUCUUUUGACGAGGAAUUAACGUUUGUUAUCUCCACUAAUACACAGGAUAAGUUACAGACGAAGAGCAUCACUAAUGAGAAAGGAGCCAAGUCCCAAAAAUCGAAGAAUGUCCAAGCGUUUUCAAGAGACAAGAACAGCUCUUUUGGCGAGGAAGUAAUGCUCGUUACAUUCAGCAACACACAAGAUAGACGGCUGGCAAGGAGAAGGAAUGAUGACAACAGAAAUAUGUCGGCAAAUUCUUGGAAUUUUCAGUCCUUUUCUGAGGGCUGGACGAGUUCUUCAGGCAGUGAAUCGAAAAUAGUUACAUCUAGUAUUAACCAAGGUAACAAGAGCAUUGGCAAUGUUUCAUCGCUCGAACACAAGGAGAAACCCAGAACACCAAAUUUCCAGAAGAAAGAGUCGGUAUUCGAUACUCCAAUGCCGUGUAGUCUUGUGAGGUCAACUGGAGAGCUGUUACCAGGGGGCUUAUCUGAAGUUAAGAAAACGAUUUGUCGAGCUGAAAUGGAGCAGGACAAUUCACUGUAUGAAAUCCAUGAUAUCCUCCAAGCACGGCUAGUUGGCGAUGCAGAUAUGUUGAAUGAAGAAAAGCAAAAUACUGAAAAAUCUGGGGAAACGUACACGAGGUACAACUAUACUUCGCCAAAACAAAAGACUGAAAGAGUGUUCUUAGAAAGGAACAGUCAAUUGGUUAAAGGUGGUCAAGUACUGAAGAAUGAAUCGCAGGAUUCGAAAAGAGUUUCAAAGGAGAAAGGCAACAGAAAUUUACCUGAAGAGAUGGAUACUUCUUAUCCUAGGGAUAUUUUAACACAAGAAGCAGUCAAACAGCCAAGAAAGCGAAAGCUUGAGUAUAGUACUGUAAAUUCACCUGGAAAAUCACACACCAUGUUCUGUUUAGAAAGUUUAAAGGAUAGACAGAGUCCGAAGAUUCAAAAGUUACCUGAUGAUUCUGAUGACGAUUAUGUGAGUUAUAUACCAACUUUUAGAAAUAGUCGUAAAGGACUUAGGAAAAUUUUAUUCCCAGAUAAUCCUUUUGUUUAGGCAUUCAUGCACUUAAUAAAUUGCAUCGAAUGUAAAGGACAAAAGGGAAAGCAAAAACAAGAUAGUUCAGAUUGCAAACUUCAAGUUUAGUCAUGUAAUCUGUACUUAAUUUAUCUUGAACAUUUAAUUAUAUUUGAACACCUUGCUUGUAAAUUGAUUAUAUACAUCGUAAUACUAUGGAUCAGUGGCGAAGCCAGCCCCACAAUUUGGCCAUGCUAUGUGAAUAUUUCCGUGUUCAUACACCGUCAAAACAAUCAAUUUCUUAAGAAAUGAAUAAUGAUGAUUUAAACUUUGCAUAGCAUGACAAAAUUGUCAGGCUGGCUUCGCCUGCACUGCUGGAUGAAAAGUAAAAACACACUUACCAAUCAGUAAACAAAUGAUAUAACUGUAUUUCAAAUUACUUUUUUAAUCACAGUAUUGUAUAUUUUUCUAUUUUGCAGGACGUUCUGCUCUUAUGAAAAUUCUUAAAAGAUUUUCAAAUCACAAUACUGUAAGUUUAAUUUAUUUAAAGUAAUAUUAUUGUAAUAUAUUUGAACUAAAUUAUUUGAACUGUGAGGUGUUAGCUAUUAGUUUUGAGAAGAAAUCGAUGGAAACAGUUAGAGGAAUUGCUUGGUAUUAUAAUCAUGUACAUAUUUUUAUACUAUUUAUAAAUACGAUAGGAAACCGGGUAGAAUUGCAGACAUUUUUAAUGCUCACAGGAUGUUAUCCUAAGUGUCUAUUCAUGGGUUAAAGUUCCAAGCGCCAUAAAUGUACAGCAUGAUCACCCCCAGCAGCGCAGAUAGGAAGCCGACUGUGCCAAGAUAGACCACCUCCAACUUUUAAGUUUGCCGUGACUGGAUUCU